UGACAUAAUAUAACUAUUUUAAUUUUCUCUUACCAAAAAUUUCUUCGUAUACAUAUGCCAAUCUUAUAGAUGUAUGUAUAUGUUCCUUGAUUCAUGCGAAUGCUAUUAAGUUUUUCAAGGUGAUUUAUAAAAGUUAAAAAUAAGUGCAUAAUUCAAAAAAAUGUCAACUAUGGAUGAUGUUCUUGAAAGUUGGGAAGAAAUUGAAGAAUCAGAGUUUUAGGUGCUCAACAAAAGAUUGGAUGCUCUUCAGUUAAAUGCAGUAGAAGCAUUAGAGGAAAUAGAAUCUUCUAGUUUCAGAGAAUCAAUCACAAUCUUACAAACAGUAAAGAAUGUUUGUGAAAUGUAUGGAGAAUGUCUUAUUAAGAUUUGAAAAUAAUAAAAUUUUUUCAAAAAUAUCGAUCAAGAGAUUUUGAUAUAUGGACCACCAUACUCUGAGAGACCAAAAAAGAAUGAUUUGUCGCUUCAAAACCAGUCACAAUUCGAGUACCAGAAUGAUAAUGUUAGGGGAAGAUGGUAUGAGAUCUCAAUAUGUACCUCCAAAACCGACGGUAAAAAUUUUGAAAAGACCUUCGAGAGAUUCACAAGGUAGUGGUGAUGGACCAUUAGUGAAUGGAGAUAAGCCAAAACAUCCUAUUAAAUCUUUGAAACAGAGGGAACAAGAAUAUGCGGAAGCGAGAAAAAGAAUUUUAGGUGAAGAAAAAAGUCCUGAGGAAAAGUUAAUGCAAGAAAUAAAUAAAAUUCAACCGAAAUCGACGACUCCGAGUAGUAGUGGAUUACCAAGUAACAUUCUUCGUAUGCCUAUUGGACCGGAUGGAACACGGGGAUUUAAUGUACGCAGGUAGCGCGUCUUCCAGGGAUCAACUCUUUCCACCCAUCCUUUUCCUCCUCUUCCUUCUUCUUAACACAGGGAAGAGAGGCAGCUAUGAGGCUGAUGGCAGAAAACAAGAAUAAUAUUUCUGACCAAAUAUAAGCAUAGUGCUCCUACUAUUUUGAAUGGAGCCUAAUAUAAACUAUGCUGCGGAACAUUGCUAAACAGACACGAUAAUAUAAAAA